ACAGCGGGAAGUCAUCCCAGCCGCUGCUGUUGCCCAACGACAAGAUGGCUGUCGGGAGUAAGCUGAAGUCAGCAGCGACCAGCACAGCGGCAUCCUACACGUAUACAGGAGGAUAGCCGGGGCUCAGCACUCUUGCUUUCGUACCGCUGGGAUACCAUUAGACCGAUAUAUGGACAGAAAUGGGGUCUCAGACUCUGCAAAUCCUGAGACAGGGAGUCUGGGCUUCCAUCACUGGCGGGUGGUAUUAUGAUCCUCAUCAAAAUACAUUCGUGAAUGCUUUCCAUCUCUACAUCUGGCUCUUUCUCCUUUGUUUCCCAUUUACAUUGUAUAUGGCCCUUCCAUCAAGCAUGAUCAUUGUAGGAAGCUACAGUGCUGUUAUAGCAGCGGUGUUUAUUGUCCUUAAAACAGUGAAUUAUCGGUUGCACCACGCAUUAGAUGAAGGAGAGAUUGUGGAUCAAAGCAGCAGUGAGGUAACUGAGAGACAUGCAAAAACUGAACAACAGGAUGGAUCAUCGAGGAAAGGUGACAGCAACGGACCAGGAUUGAUAUUUCUUUUCGUGCCCACUGUAGGGGAUGAAGAAACUGCAAAAACUUCUGACGAUGUUAGUUUGAGCCUGGGUCAGAGCUGCAGUUUGUACAAAGAUGCGAAUGAGGAACAAGAGUUGACACUCGAUUCCAAGCUUUUCCAAGUUGUGCCAAAUGAUUCUUUCAUGUCUAACAACACGCUAACAUCUUCAGGUGCUCAAGACUUUCCAGUGGAUCCAAAUGACAACAUGUGCUACCACCAUGUAGACCAUUCAUUGUCAGCUGCCUGUGAUACAGAAGCAGCCGCCGUUGUACCCUUGCAUUCCCUGUCUUACAGGAAAGACCAUAGGCCUAGGGGUGUGCCAAGGACUUCAAGUUCAGCAGUGGCUUUUCCUGACACAUCUCUUAGUGAUUUUGCUCUCUUUCAGCAAAGGAGAGGAUUAGACACUGUCUGUGAAUUAGAAGGUUCCAAACCACUUUCAGGAUCCAAGGACUCAUUGACUGAAAACUCUUGUUGUGCUGGCGUUUUUCAGCUAGAUGACUUACACAAAAGUGGUGCUUCCCAGCCGUCAUCCAAAUCGGAAGUUAGUAAGCCUCUAAAAACAGAUAAUAGCGUUGGUAGCUUGCAGAGUCUCAGCACGAGAAGUAGUGGGUCAACGGAAAGCUACUGUAGUGGGACAGAUCGAGACACUAAUAGUACCAUCAGCAGUUAUAAGAGUGAGCAAACGAGCUCAACCCAUGUGGAGAGCAUUCUUUCAGAGCAAGCAGAAACCUCAGCAGAUGAGCACAGCUCCGAGAAAAAACAUUGUGGGAAAAACGGGUAUGGUAGUGAACCAGAAGGAACCAGCACUGUGGAAAAAAGGACUAAUGGCAAAAGAAUAAAAUUACAUGCUACAGGUAAAGAUGAAAGUUGCAGUCAAGAUCUUGGGCAGGCUUCUGACCCGACACAGACUUCUGAUCAGAUGCAGACUUCUGGCCCAGUGGAAACUGGAGAGAAGCUCAAUGGGUCAGGUGAUGCCAACAAAAACCCUCACGCUAAUGAAUUGACCAUAGAUAUACGGAAACAACAAGGUGGGCCACUUAAAGAGGCAGUGACUGAGCAAGCAGUAGAAGAGGUUGUUGAAAAGCCUUCUCUCUCAAUUGAUAUACAAACACUAAAGGAUGAAGCUGUUAAGCAAAAUGAUGGGGAUGUGAGGCCUAAGUCUUCUAACUUUAUUCACCGAGCUGCUUCUACACAUAAGUCAAACCGGAGAAAGAUGGGGAAGAAAAGAGCAAGCAGUUUCGAUUCAGGUCGGCAUAGGGAGUAUGUGUCCUUUCGUGCCGUGGCUGGUGUCAAAACUAGCAAUAGCAGUUUUUGUCCAGAUGAGGACUCGAGUGAUCAAAGUGAUCUGAGCAGGACCUCCAGCAUGCAUUCAGCACAUCGUUUCAGUUCAGACAGCUCAUCCAGCACCACCUCGCAUUCGUGCCAUUCUCCUGAAGGGCGAUAUCAUGUUUUAAAAGCAAAGUACUUGACUCGAGAAAGAGGCACAGACUCUGAGGCCACAUUAAAGGUUCAUUCUGGUUCAGAAAGCUGUGCAAAUGCCAGGAGAAGAUCAACACGGAGGACUCUUAGUGCAUCCAGUGCCAAGACUCAUGCAAGAGUGCUGAGCUUGGACAGUGGCACAGCAGCCUGUUUAAGUGACCCCAGCAGACUAGGAACACCAGAUAAAGCACGGCCUUUAACAACAUCUAAAUCAGAUUUGGAAGCCAAGGAGGGAGAGGUAUUAGAUGAGCUGUCUCUUAUAGGCAGAGCUUCACAACUAGAAUCAGUAACUCGUUCAAGAAAUAGUUUGCCUAGUCAAGUAACCUUUCCUGAAGUAGAAGACCAAGGGGCAACCAGUGGAGGCAAAUUAUAUGAAACAGGGGGCUGUGACAUGUCACUUGUGAACUUUGAAACUGCUGCAAGAAGGACAUCAAACAAUAUUUGGGACACAGAUUCCCAUCUAUCAAGUUCUACCUCAGUUAGAUUUUAUCCACACGAUCUAAUUCGACUGAACAGGUUGCUGACAAUUGAUCCUGAUCUCCUGGAACAGCAGGACACUGAUCUUAGCCCAGAUCUACAAGAUCACAUUCAGCCACAAGAGCAGGCCCAGAAAAUCAAGCAUUACUACAGGUUCUGGAUCCUUCCCAAAAUAUGGAUAGGAGUGAACUUCAACCGCCUAACCCUAUUGGCAUUGUUUGAUAGGAAUCGAGAAAUUAUGGAGAAUGUUUUGGCUAUUGUUUUGGCAAUUCUUGUUGCCUUCCUUGGAUCUGUUUUGUUAAUAGAUGGGUUCUUUAAAGACAUUUGGGUCUUCCAGUUUUGCCUUGUUAUUGCCAGCUGCCAGUAUUCCCUUCUGAAGAGUGUACAGCCUGAUUCCUCCUCUCCAAGACAUGGGCAUAAUCGCAUUAUAGCCUACAGUAGGCCUGUCUACUUUUGCAUGUGCUGUGGCCUGAUCUGGCUGUUGAAUUACGGGAGUAAACAUACAUCAGCAGCAAGAUUUAAGAUGUAUGGAGUGGCUUUUACCAGCCCUUCACUUUUGACUUCUGCCAGAGAUCUUGUCAUGGCAUUUACAUUGUGUUUCCCAGUCAUAUUCUUCAUUGGGUUGCUUCCACAAGUGAAUACAUUUGUGAUGUACCUUUGUGAGCAAUUUGAUAUCCACGUGUUUGGUGGAAAUGCUACCACAAACCUCCUUGCAGCACUUUACAGUUUCAUUCGUAGUAUCUUGGCAGUAGCUUUGUUGUACGGACUUUGCUAUGGUGCCCUUAGGGAUUCCUGGGAUGCACAACAUGUUCCAGUUCUUUUCUCUGUCUUUUGUGGCCUCCUGGUUGCAGUCUGCUAUCAUCUGAGCAGACAAAGCAGUGACCCCUGUGUACUGAUGUCUUUAGUAAAGUCAAAAAUCUUUCCAACUACUGAUGAUAAGAAUCCUGAAGAUCCUCUAGCAGAGGUGAAAGAUCCUCUACCAGAAAAACUGAAGCAGUCUGUUAGUGAACGUUUACAGUCUGAUCUGAUAGUUUGCACAGUCAUUGCCAUCUUGUACUUUGCUAUCCAUGUCAGCACAGUCUUCAUUGCCCUGCAGCCUGUCCUCAGCUAUGUGCUGUAUACCCUAAUAGGUGCAGUAGGAUUUCUAACACAUUACUUGCUGCCUCAGCUCAGAAAACAACUCCCUUGGCAUUGCUUCUCUCAUCCACUGCUGAAAACCAAGGAGUACUAUCAGUUUGAAGUGAGAAAUGCUGCACAUGUCAUGUGGUUUGAAAGGAUGUACGUUUGGCUUCUUUUUGUGGAAAAGAACAUUAUUUACCCAUUGAUUGUUCUCAAUGAAUUGAGCAGCAGUGCUAAGAUGAUAGCUAGCCCAAAGAAACUGGACGCAGAGUUUGGUGCAUUAAUGAUCACCAUUGCAGGGAUGAAAUUGCUUCGAUCUUCUUACAGCAGUCCUACAUACCAAUAUGUAACUGUUGUUUUCACUGUGCUGUUCUUCACGUUUGAUUACAGAACUUUUUCAGAGACUUUGCUUUUGGACCUUUUCUUCAUGUCUAUACUGUUCAGUAAGUUGUGGGAACUUUUCUACAAAUUAAGAUUUGUCUACACUUACAUUGCUCCUUGGCAAAUCACAUGGGGAUCGGCGUUCCAUGCUUUUGCUCAACCCUUUGCUGUACCUCAUUCAGCCAUGUUGUUCAUCCAGGCAGUGGUAUCAGCUUUAUUCUCAACUCCUUUAAACCCAUUCCUUGGAAGUGCAAUCUUCAUUACUUCAUAUGUACGUCCAGUCAAGUUCUGGGAAAGAGACUACAACACCAAGCGGGUGGACCAUUCAAACACCAGAUUGGCUUCUCAACUUGACAGAAACCCAGGUUCAGAUGACAACAAUUUGAAUUCCAUCUUUUACGAGCAUUUGACAAGAUCUCUGCAGCACAGUCUUUGUGGGGACCUAAUGUUGGGACGCUGGGGCAACUUCAAUACUGGGGAUUGCUUCAUUCUCGCUUCUGACUACCUCAACGCACUGGUUCAUCUCAUAGAAAUAGGAAAUGGCUUGGUCACCUACCAGCUCCGGGGCCUGGAGUUCAGAGGCACAUACUGUCAACAGCGUGAGGUGGAAGCUAUCACAGAAGGGGUUGAGGAAGAUGAAGGAUUCUGCUGUUGCGAACCAGGCCACAUUCCUCACAUGUUGUCUUUUAAUGCUGCUUUUGGUCAGCGCUGGCUUGCUUGGGAAGUACUAGUCACCAAGUAUGUACUGGAGGGCUACAGUAUCACUGACAACAGUGCUGCAUCCAUGCUGCAGGUGUUUGAUCUAAGAAAGAUCCUCACAACUUACUAUGUAAAGAGUAUUUUAUUCUACGUAACGAGCUCUCCCAAGCUAGAGGAUUGGCUUGCAAAUGAAACCAUGCAGGAUGGACUUCGAGCGUGUACUAGCCAUAAUUAUGUCGAUGUCGAUCCCACCUUUAACCCAAACAUUGAUGAGGACUACGAUCAUAGAUUGGCUGGAGUAUCAAGAGAGAGUUUUUGUGGGGUUUAUCUCAACUGGAUCCAAUAUUGUGCUUCUCGAAGAGAAAAGCCUCUAUCUUCAGACAAAGAUUCUCCAUUAGUGACUCUGUGCUAUGGGCUCAGUGUGCUUGGCAGAAGAGCUCUUGGAACAGCUUCCCAUCACAUGUCCAGUAAUCUAGAGUCCUUCCUAUAUGGCCUUCAUGCACUAUUCAAGGGAGAUUUUCGAAUUUCCUCAGUGCGAGAUGAGUGGAUAUUUGCUGAUAUGGAACUGUUGCGGAAAGUAGUAGUUCCUGGAAUACGGAUGUCCCUUAAACUUCAUCAGGAUCACUUCACCUCACCUGAUGAAUAUGAUGAUCCAGCAGUGUUGUUUGACGCCAUAACAUCCCAUGAGCAGAACUUAGUCAUCGCUCAUGAAGGAGACCCAGCCUGGCGAAGUGCGGUGCUGUCCAACUCACCCUCACUGUUGGCUUUGCGACAUGUUAUGGAUGAUGGGACCAAUGAAUAUAAAAUCAUUAUGCUGAAUAAGCGAUAUCUUAGCUUUCGAGUUAUUAAGGUUAACAAGGAAUGUGUCCGGGGAUUGUGGGCUGGGCAACAGCAGGAGCUGGUCUUCCUGCGAAACCGCAAUCCUGAACGAGGAAGUAUCCAAAACGCAAAACAAGCCUUAAGGAACAUGAUAAACUCUUCAUGUGACCAGCCAAUUGGUUACCCAAUUUAUGUUUCUCCACUCACAACAUCCUACUCUGAUACGCAUGAACAGCUAAGAACCAUCCUGGGAGGACCCAUAAGUAUCACGAACAUAAAGAAUUUUAUUGUGUCUACAUGGCACAGGUUACGCAAAGGUUGUGGUGCCGGUUGUAACAGUGGAGGAAAUAUUGAGGAUUCAGAUGCAGGUGGAGUCUCCAGUGCCAGUAAUAAUGUAACUACAAAUGAGUCCCAAAGUAGUACUUCCCAUGCAGGCUCUGGACCAGCUGGAUAUGGGCCUGGAGCAGGUCUCCAGCCUCCGGUCACAUCUAACCCACCGAUAUUGGGCACCAGCCACAGUAGUCAGUCGGUGCAGUCCAGCCUCGUCCGACAUUCCCCUGCCCGUGCCUCAGUUGCCAGCCAGUCUUCAUAUCGACAUAACACCCGUCACUCUUCCUUACGGACAUCUGCCACCGGUCUGGUGCCAUGCCGCCGUUCAUCCACUAGCCAGCUGUCCUUGCGAAACCUGCCCAGUUCCAUCCAGUCCCGACUGUCCAUGGUGAAUCAGAUAGAACCAUCGAGUCAGACAGGCACUCUGAGCGUACAGUGUGGUCUGCCCUCUUCCAGCAGUUCCAGCCAGAGCAUUCCCAUCUGCAAACGCAACACACUGGCAGGACUUCUUGGAGCAGAAGGUGUCACCAGUGUGGACAUGCAGCCAGGCAGCAACUCCAGCACAGCGUUUAACACCCCUGCCAAGAAGGAUGAAAUUAACUAUAAAGUCCAGAUAAUUGACACUGGCCAAGUCAUGGAAGCCAUCAAUGUAUCCAAGAGGAGGGAGCUUCACUGGCCAGAUGAAGCAAUCCGAAUGCGAGCUGGUCGAAUCAGCUGGAAGGACUGGAGCCCUCAGGAGGGCAUGGAAGGCUAUGUGAUUCACCGUUGGGUGCCUUGUAGCAGAGAGCCAAGUAGCAGAUCCCACAUAGACAAGACGAUCCUGCUGGUUCAGAUUGAAGACAAGUAUGUUCCCAUCAUUGAGUGUGGGGUCCUGGAACUUGGAGCUAAAGUUUGAAACACUUGUAGCAGUUGCUCAAGUGCGGAAGAUAGAAACAGGAGUAAAUCUCUCUCUGCCAUCCUGUGGUCUGAAAGCAUUAUUGCAACAGCUGGAGGCUGGAUUAGACUAUCCAGAAUGUAACUCAUGUAGUAGGGAUGUUGCUUUUGUCAGAGCUAACUGACAUGUAAAAGGAAAACUGCACGGAGGCAGAACUCUGAUCUAAAAUUAUAUUUUGUUUUUUUUAAAACCUAUAAGAAAUUCUAUGCAUUUCAUAUGCUUUAAAUAACAUUUUUCUUAAGUUGUUAAGUAGAUUUUGUUGAGUAUUUUGUCUGUGUUUAUUUAUUUGCCAAUACUGAGAAUGCCCUAGUUUCAUGCAGUGCACGUUUAAAAUCUCUUUAAAAGAAAAUAUUGUUUUUGAAGUUAUUGAUAGGUUAGAAUUCUAUUGACCAUACAAAAGAACUCUAAUGUCCAGUUUAAUCAUUUCACUACUGUCUCAUUCCUUCUAAGUUGUAACUGUGUUGAAGACAACUGCACUAAUUAACAACAAUGCACUAAAUAUUUCUGAGCUUGCUCAGAGCUUUUUAUUUAUACAAAUGCCAUUAUAUUUUAAAAUGCCUUUUGGGAUGAGGACAUUAAUCAUCAGCUCAUGUCAUGCUCCAGUCUCGCCUUUACUCUUUUUAUUUUAACUUGGAAUUUAUUUUGUUUCAAUAGAACUUGUAUACAGUUGUAUAAUUUUCUUUUGAUAUUUAUUACUGUGAAUUAUUUUUUGUUAUAACAGCUUUUGUUUCCAUACAUUCAGGGAAAAGAAAUUUUAAGAUAAAGUUAAAAGCGGGUUCAGCAUUAGUUUUGCUGGACUGAAUUGCAAAAUGACUGGAUACAGUUCACUGUUUCCUCACAGGCCGUGCAAUUUAAACCCUUUCACUCAUGCAUUAAACAACCACCACCGGAAAGCAUAUAUCAAGGGGACGGGUGCUUAUGUGUAUGUAUACAGAAAACUUGUAAAUAAUGUAGUUGAUGUUUAAAACAAAGACAACAGAAGCCUAAGUAAAGAUUUUUUUUCGCAGUGUACUGCAUCUGAAACUAAAUACAGUAUUGAAAUUAUGAUCAAUAAAGAAAUUUUAUAAUAAA